UUCCAGAAGCGCAUUCUCUCCACACACACAAACUUUGGAUUUAACAAGCAAAAUACUGACCCUCACCCUCCUGUCCACAGUUGCCUUUGGCUUUGGUUAUACAAGGUAGAACAAUUCAGUGGUUGUUAUGCACUUAAAUUAUCCAAUGCGUUAUUAAGUCUGCCUGCUUAUCUGAGUGCGUUAUAUGAACACUGUUAAACCAGCCAGUUCAUAUUGUACCUUCUAAUGUAUCGACGAUGUUUGCGGACAAAGUACAGAGGAAACCGCUGCGGCUCAUCGGCGCUGCAUGCAACAACAUGGGAAUAGGAAAAGAUGGACAAUUGCCAUGGGAUUUACCGACAGAAUUCAAAUUCUUUUUGGACACUACAACAAAUGUCUCCCUACCAGGAAAAUUGAACAUGAUGGUGUGGGGCAGGGGCUGCUGGUUCUCCAACCCAGACAGUCUGUUCUCUAUGCUGCCCAAUGUCCUCCAUGUGGUCCUGAGUACCACCCUGAGCACUCUCCCGGAGCAUGCCCACUUCCUGUGUCAAGAUUUCGACAGCGGGAUCGGCUUAGCCUUGCUGCGACCCUUCUGUGACCUGGUGGACACCAUCUGGGUUGUGGGUGGGUCACAGGUCUAUCAGGAGGCCCUGAUGCAUCCCUGGUGUGAACUCAUCUACCUCACUGACAUCAUGGCUGACUUCGACUGUGACGUCUUCUUCCCGCAGUUUGACCGAAGCAUUUUUAGAAAACAAGAGAGGUUUCCUGGAGUACCAAAUGAUAUUCAAGAGGAGAAUGGGGUUACAUUUAAGUUUGAAGUUUUCAAGAGGGAGAUCUGUGGAGCUGAGGUGAUUUAAAACUGUAACUUACUGCAUGAAUGAAAACAUUGACUAUUCUUUGUCAGAUCUUAGGUGCCUUUUUUGAACUAUUCUGUUCUCCAGUGCAAUUCGAAUAGUUAUCAUUAUCCAGUUGAACAUUACAAAUGUCCCACUCACUCUGCUUCAUCUCAUGUGCCUGUGACUCCAUCAGCACAGUUCCAUAACACUAAUGAAUUAGAAAAGUCAACAAGUCCAUCCCAUUCUGAUUUGUGUUACUGUUAGUCAUGUGUUGUCAGAUACAGAAGGCUUUUCAUGUUUGGCAUAAAUGAUGGAUCCACUGCUGUCCAAUAUAAUAGCCUUCCUUGUUUGAUGUAUCAUCCUUGCUAUCCUUUCCCCUUAUCUGUAAUAUUCUGCUAGGACCAAACCAAUAUGGCUCUGUCUGAGUCAGAGCUUAUGUCAGAGCAAGAGUGGCCUGGGGUGACUCAUAACAAUGUGGGCACUAGGGAUGGGGGGUUGUUCCCGAUUUAUGUCUGAACAUUUCAUAUCAUAUGGCAAUUAAAGUAUGGAGUCGCCACCCAAAGCCUGGAAAUCAGCCUGGAAUGUUUUUUACAUUUAUAAUUACGAUGAUAUCAAAAUCAAUCAAAUCAAAUUGUAUUUGCCACAUGCGCCGAAUA